GCUCCGCGUGCACCCCUCGCCCUCCUGCCUGCCCAGCGCUGCCAUGGUCGCGUCCUCCACGCGGCCCGCUGUCCUGGCCCUGACCGGGCUGGCGCUGCUCCUGCUGCUGUGCCUUGGUCCAGGCGGCAUAAGUGCAAAUAAACUCAAGCAGAUGCUUCAGAAACGAGAAGCACCUGCUCUGACUGAGACAAAAGUGGCCAUGGAUGAGAAUAGAGCCAAAGAGUUCCUGAGCAGCAUGAAGCGCCAGAAGCGGCAGCUGUGGGAUCGGACUCGGCCAGAGGUGCAGCAGUGGUACCAGCAGUUCCUCUACAUGGGCUUUGAUGAAGCGAAAUUUGAAGAUGACAUCACCUAUUGGCUAAAUAGAGAUCGAAAUGGACAUGACUACUAUGGUGAUUACUACCAACGUCACUAUGAUGAAGACUCUGCCAUUGGACCCCGGAGCCCCCACAGCUUUAGGCAUGGAGCCAGUGUCAACUAUGAUGACUACUGACCACCACUGCCACACAUGUACACGGAACCCAAGGUGCUUCCCUUAGGAAUCUCACAGUCCCUUACACUAUGCGGUUUCUGUUGUGCUUUAUUUCAGUGGGUCUUUUCAACACAGUUUUUGUGACUUAGCGCCUUUUGAUAUUUCAUGCAAGCUUCUAACAAUAUAUCAUU